AUGGCGUCUCCGAAGCCCCAUGCUUCUGUGUCUGAAGAGUUGAGUGAAGUGCAAGUGUUGGACUCAAAUGAGCCGCUUGUCACGGCCUCCUCUUCUGCGCCGUCUUCAAAUAGUGCGCGAGUGUUGGACUCAAAUGAGUCACUUGUGCUCCCGUGUUUGCGAUCCCCGGUCCUUGACGAACCGGUUGCUGGUCCUAGUGGGAUGACUGGUCCCAGUGGAGCAGCUGGUUCUUGUGGUAGCCUAUCAGCUAUAGCUAGUUCUUCGGAGGACGAGGGCGAGGAAUUUGCUGCUGCGAUGCCCAGAUCAUCUGGCAGAAGGCGUAAUCCUUACUCAGAUGAGUUAAGUAACAGUAUUAAAACUCGCAUUAAUAAGUUUUCUAUACCUAUUGAUACAGAAUCUCUACUGCACAGAUUACAAGAUGAAGCUGGCCCUUCUAAUCGUGUAGAGAUUUUGCCACAAUCAGGUCCUUCGAAUUUUAUACAAAGUACAGAAUACCAUAGAGAAAAUAAGCAAAUUCGUAAAUAUAGCAUAUUAAAACUGUUGGACAUUCAAAACGUUCAAGAGCUAUCAACAAGGGAAAAGAAGCUGUAG